GGCGCGCGGUGCGGCCUGGGAGAGUCGGAAGCCCGGCGGCGGAGCACUGCUAGGAGGCCUCGUCGGGCCCAUGCAGGACGCGGAGAACGUGGCGGUGCCCGAAGCGGCCGAGGAGCGGGCCGAGCCCGGCCAGCAGCAGCCUCCCGCCGAGCCGCCGCCGGAGGAGCUGCCGCGGCCCGCCGGGCCCGGCGCUCCGGAGGCGGCGGGGACCGAGGGCGCUAAGGAGGAGGUGGCAGAGGCCGAGCCGGAGCCCGAUGUAAGGGCCGAGCCGGCGGCCGGGGUGGAGACAGCGGGGGAGACAGCUCCCGGCCCGUCCGAGUCGUCCUUGCUGCCCUCCUUCGAGGAGCCGCCCGGGUCGCAAGCCGAGUCCCCAUCCCUGACGCAUGGAGAGGCCUCGGGGGAGCAGGCCCGGGACGAGCCCGCCGACGGCCGGGCCCAGGCGUCGUCCGAGGAGACGGGCAGGAACGAGGGCAGCGCGGCGGAGGCGGAGCCUCGGGCGGUGGAGAACGGUGACGCGGACGAGCCCUCCUUCAGCGACCCCGAGGACUUCGUGGACGACGUGAGCGAGGAAGACUUACUGGGAGAUGUGCUCAGAGAUCGGCCCCAGGAAGCAGAUGGAAUCGAUUCAGUGAUUGUGGUGGACAAUGUUCCUCAGGUGGGACCUGACCGGCUUGAGAAACUCAAAAAUGUCAUCCACAAGAUCUUUUCCAAGUUUGGGAAAAUCACAAAUGAUUUUUAUCCUGAAGAAGAUGGGAAGACAAAAGGGUAUAUUUUCUUAGAAUAUGCAUCUCCUGCCCAUGCCGUGGAUGCUGUGAAAAAUGCUGAUGGCUACAAGCUUGACAAGCAGCACACGUUCCGGGUCAACCUCUUCACAGAUUUUGACAAAUAUAUGACGAUUAGUGAUGAAUGGGAUAUUCCAGAGAAGCAGCCUUUCAAAGACCUGGGGAAUUUACGUUACUGGCUUGAAGAGGCAGAAUGCAGAGAUCAAUACAGUGUGAUUUUUGAGAGUGGAGACCGCACUUCCAUAUUCUGGAAUGAUGUGAAGGACCCGGUCUCAAUUGAAGAAAGAGCGAGAUGGACAGAGACAUAUGUACGUUGGUCUCCUAAGGGCACCUACCUAGCUACCUUUCAUCAAAGAGGCAUUGCUCUUUGGGGGGGAGAGAAAUUCAAGCAAAUCCAGAGAUUCAGCCACCAAGGGGUUCAGCUCAUUGAUUUCUCACCUUGUGAAAGAUACCUGGUGACUUUUAGCCCCCUAAUGGACACUCAGGAUGACCCUCAAGCCAUAAUCAUCUGGGACAUCCUUACUGGGCACAAGAAGAGAGGUUUUCACUGUGAAAGCUCAGCCCAUUGGCCUAUUUUUAAGUGGAGCCAUGAUGGUAAAUUCUUUGCCAGAAUGACACUUGAUACCCUUAGCAUCUAUGAAACUCCUUCUAUGGGUCUUUUGGACAAGAAGAGUUUGAAGAUCUCUGGAAUAAAAGACUUUUCUUGGUCUCCUGGUGGUAACAUAAUAGCCUUUUGGGUGCCUGAAGACAAAGAUAUUCCAGCCAGGGUAACCCUGAUGCAGCUCCCUAGCAGACAAGAGAUCCGAGUUAGGAAUCUGUUUAACGUUGUGGACUGCAAGCUACACUGGCAAAAGAAUGGAGAUUACUUGUGUGUUAAAGUAGAUAGGACUCCAAAAGGUACCCAGGGUGUUGUAACAAAUUUUGAAAUUUUCCGAAUGAGGGAAAAACAGGUACCUGUCGAUGUGGUUGAAAUGAAAGAAACCAUCAUAGCCUUUGCCUGGGAGCCAAAUGGGAGUAAGUUUGCUGUGCUACAUGGAGAGGCUCCGCGGAUAUCUGUGUCUUUCUACCAUGUCAAAAACAAUGGGAAGAUCGAGCUUAUCAGAAUGUUCGAUAAGCAGCAAGCAAACACCAUCUUCUGGAGCCCCCAGGGGCAGUUUGUUGUGCUGGCCGGUCUGAGGAGUAUGAACGGUGCCUUAGCGUUUGUGGACACUUCGGACUGCACGGUCAUGAACAUUGCAGAGCACUAUAUGGCCUCUGACGUCGAGUGGGACCCUACUGGGCGUUACGUUGUCACCUCUGUGUCCUGGUGGAGCCAUAAGGUGGACAAUGCUUAUUGGCUGUGGACCUUCCAAGGACGCCUUCUGCAGAAGAACAACAAGGACCGCUUUUGCCAGCUACUCUGGAGACCUCGGCCCCCGACACUGCUGAGCCAGGAGCAGAUCAAGCAAAUUAAAAAGGAUCUGAAGAAAUACUCUAAGAUCUUUGAACAGAAGGAUCGUUUGAGCCAAUCCAAAGCCUCAAAGGAAUUGGUAGAGAGAAGGCGAACCAUGAUGGAAGAUUUCCGAAAAUACCGAAAAAUGGCCCAAGAACUCUAUAUGGAGCAGAAAAAUGAACGUCUGGAAUUGAGAGGAGGGGUGGACACAGAUGAGCUGGACAGCAACGUGGAUGACUGGGAAGAGGAGACCAUCGAGUUCUUCGUCACUGAAGAGAUCAUUCCUCUCGGGAAUCAGGAGUGACCUGGAGCACUGUGCGGUGCCAUGUCCUGUGCUGGAACGAGGCCGUCCCCUUGUAGGAAGCCUGCACGACUCCUGGAUCUUAGCUGUGCUUUCUUCUUGCUCUGGACUGUGAACGCACCUGAGAUUCUUCCAUCUCAACACAUUUUUGUGCCUUUAAACCCCUGGUGUCCACAGUGGGGGAGGUUUUAAGGCACUGCUUUCACUUUUUUCUUCUUUGGGGUUUUUAAUCUGCACCACCAGACUCUGCUGCAGCGCCACGGUGGGCGCCUUUUUGCCCCUGCAGCCAGUGGCGUUUCCAGGGUGUCCUGUCCACAGCUGGGCCAUGUCUCCGUUCAAGAACUCCUGCUUUCUGGUGUGUGGCCACUGCUAGGCGUGUCCUGGAGACCAGCAGGGAGCGGCACGCUGCUUGUGUCCCAGCGUGCUCGGAAGGUGCCGCAGCACCUCCCCGCCACUCGGGCUGUGGCAGGUUCUCUCAGCAGGUUGAAUGUGGAAAUAAAAGCAAACCUGUAUGAAAAAGCUGUCUUUCUCCUCUCUCUGAACGUAGAUAGCGACCUUGAAUUUGGCACCUGCGUCCCAUUCGCAGCAGUGCGGGCCUGCUUGCCGAGCCAGAGCUCCCAGGCGCCAUCACAUUCCGUUGUCACUUGCACAUGGGGCUUAGCGGGGAGGGCGGAGAGAGCAGCCGCUGCCUCUGCUCGGCUGUGCAUUAGUCCAGCCAAUCCAAAACAUUAAAACAUUAUGCCUCUGCUUUUUUGUUUUCUUUCAAAAAAUGCUUAUCAUUUACCUGAUGAGAAUCCUUUAGACUUUUCCUUGGAGUUAGAGAAACUGGAACUUUUGUAUUGAGAAUUGUCAGUUUAGCCAUUAUCACGUGGUCCUCUUUGAAUAUUUAACUUUUCUUUUCCCCUCUUGAGAAGGGAGCGAACAAACCCCGAGGAUUUCAGUCCAUUUCUGUCUGCAAUGGCCUGCCAUCCCUUGGUGCCUUGGGAGGUGUGGUCUUGUCUCUCUCUUGCUCAUGGAACCUGCAGUUGAGUUUAAGAGCAGAGCGGUACGGGUGGCUCACUCGGUUCACAGCCAAGGGACUCACAGAGCCACGGCAGCGUUUUGAGACUGCAGGAGAAGCUGUAGUUUGCAGGGACAGGACAAGGGCAAGAUUCCCUGAGGAGCAGGGUUGGCUGCUGCCAAGAGUAACCAUUGGCCUCUGGGAUUCCAUGGGGACUAUCUCUGGAGUCUCCAGGCUGCCACAGCUUUGCUCUCACUAAGUCCUCUGGUUGCCUCAGUUUCCCCAGGUGUGGGGAAGGCACUUGGUGCUUUUCCUUUCCUGUGAGCCUUACCUUUCUCUAAUCUGUGAUCUUUCUGAAAUUCUGUAGUUACACUGUCCUUCCAUUAGGCUCAUCUUGUGCCCAUUAGCACACAUUUCAGUAUUGACUUGUUUACUCACGUUCUUUAACCUGGUGAGCCGAGAAACAGCUUUUCUAAUUUCAGGGAAGUAAGAACUAUCAUAUUAACAGAUUCUUAACAGAGCUUUUA